ACAACAUUUUUAUUUUUUUAGGGGGGUAGGUAUUUGGAAUAUGCGUGCAAACACAGUGCCAGUUUCCAUCUUUGAUAUUAACUGCUUGCAUGAAUAUUGCUCAGGCGUCACAUGAGCCAGCAACCGACCGCACGUGCGGGGCGCACGGCAUCGCCAGCGAGAAGAGGAGGCGCUGGAUAGUGCGCAUGAUCGAGCGUAAACACAGCGCACUUGAGCAAACUGAAGUCAUCAUUCCCACUGUUUAUCUCGCUACGGGCAGCGGGAGCAGGGUAAUUACUGGGGGACGGGGGAAGAACACCAACACUUAAUGAGUUUAAGUGACAUGUUAAGCGGACACUGACACUGACAGGAAGACUUGUUUGUGCGUUUCAGCACCGGACAGCUCUCUCUCUCUGUCUCCUCCCCCCCUCCAGCCCCUCUCUCCCCGCGGGUCUCCUGCUCACAGGCGCGCUUCUGGCAUGUGCGCCGAGAAAGUGUCCGUCAGUCGCAGCCGGUGCGGGUCACGGGCGGAGAGCAUGGCGGACUCCCCACAGCAUCCUCCCAGCAGCAGCUGCCGCUAAAACCUCGAGAGAUGAGCGGCAUACCGCAGUUCCUCCUGGAAGUGUCCAUCGUGGUGGUAGCUGUCGUCUCGCUGCUGACAAACUUGUCGGUGCUGCUAUGUUUCACCCAGAGCUCCGAGUUGCGCGCCCACGUGCCCGGCGUCUUCGUCCUCAACCUCUCCUUCUCCAACGUCCUCCUCACGCUCAUCAACAUGCCCGCCACGUUCCUCGGGGUGGCCACGGGCGCGCAGCCCUUCGGGGACUCGUUCUGCCAGGCCGUCAGCUUUGCGGAGACUUUCCUCACCACUAACGCGAUGCUGAGCAUGGCCGCGCUCAGCAUGGACAGGUGGGUGGCGGUGGUGUUCCCGCUCAGCUACUCCAGCAAGAUGCGCUACGGGGACGCGCUCCUCAUCGUGGCGUACUCCUGGCUGCAAGCCCUCACCUUCUCCCUCACCCAGCUGCUGAUGGACUGGGGGGGCUACAGCCACACGUACGCCUCGUGCACCGUCCACCUGGACGCGGGGGAGAGGUCGCGGUUCGCCGCCUACGCGACCUUCACGGCGCUGUUCCACUGCAGCAGCUUCGCGCUCUGCCUGCUCGUGCUGUGCUUCGCCUACCUGAAGGUUCUGAGGGUGGCCAGGUCGCACUGCAAGAGGAUAGACGUGAUCACGGUGCAGACUCUGCUGCUGCUGGUGGACAUCCACCCCAGUGUGAAGGAGAGGUGUCUGGCAGAACAGAAGAAGAGGAGGCAGCGCGCCACUAAAAAGAUUUGCAUCUUCAUCGGCUCCUUCAUCCUCUGCUUUUCACCCUAUGUUAUAACAAGGCUGCUGGAGCUGGUCCCCUCUGUGCACAUCCCCCGGUACUGGGGCAUCGCCGCCAAAUGUCUGUCCUACGGCAAGACCUCCAGCGACCCGUUCGUCUACUGCCUGCUGCGGCACCAGUACAGGAAGGUCCUGGUGAGCAUCAUCAGCCGGUUCAUGAGAAAGGAUCAUUACGCGCUGUCCAUCCACAGCACGAGCAGCACGCUGGACACCACCGACGACAACUGCAUCACCAGAGUCACCUGAGCCUGAUGUGCUCACAUGUUUAAAUGGCUCAACACCUGCAUACCUUCUGGUCAGGGGCAGCCCCGCAGAUGGGAGAGCGUCCGUGUCUUUAACACGGGGGUGGUGGAGCACAGGGCUCUUUAAGCCACAGUGUUGUCCACUGGGAGAUCUGUGAAGGACACAGCGUAUACUCAUUGAGACCGCACUGGCCUCUGAUGUGUGCCAAAGGCCUUUUCAGACUGUUUCCACAGGGCUUGUCAGUUUGCCGGCAGAGGCAUAGCCAAGGAUGCACCACAUGAAACACAGAACACUAUGUUUAUUACUAUGAUCAGUGUAAAUGUUGAAGUAACCUUGAAUUUGUCAGAAAGUGGUCUUUCAGUGAAAAAACUGCAACAAAAAGUGUUCAUCCUGGUGGCUCUUUUGACGCUAAUAUUAGAGUUUGUGUUAAUGGCAUUCAACACAGAGUGUCUAAAAAUGUAUGUGAGGAUGUGUAAAGAUGUUAUAUCACAGCAACAACACAGAUUGAAGAAUAAAGUCCA